GUCGCUGUAACCAUGAGAGUCGACGGCUGGUUACUGCUGCUCACAGCCAUCACUGCUACUGGGGGGGCGCUGGUCAGAAUUCCUUUGACGAGGUUCCGCUCGAUCCGGAGAGCCCUGAGCGACAGUGGGAGGAGUGUGGAGGACCUGCUCCCAGAAAACAAGUACAAGACAGAUUCCCCGAGUAUCAAUGGCCCAACUCCAGAAACCCUGAAAAACUACCUGGACGCGCAGUACUAUGGGGAGAUUGGCAUUGGCACCCCACCACAGCCCUUCACCGUGGUCUUCGACACCGGCUCUUCCAAUCUCUGGGUCCCUUCCGUUCACUGCUCUAUGUUCGACAUUGCCUGUUUGUUGCAUCACAAGUAUAACUCCGACAAGUCCAGCAGCUAUGUACGCAACGGGACCAAGUUUGCCAUCCGGUAUGGUUCUGGAAGCCUGUCUGGCUACCUCAGCAAGGACACGGUUCUGAUUGGGAACAUCAAAGUGCAGAGCCAGCUAUUCGGUGAGGCCAUCAAACAGCCGGGCCUGGCGUUCAUCGCGGCUAAGUUUGACGGGAUCCUGGGCAUGGGCUACCCCUUGAUCUCUGUGGAUGGAGUCAUCCCGGUCUUUGACAACAUUGUGACUCAGAAGCUGGUGCCAAAUAACGUGUUCUCCUUCUACCUGAACAGGAACCCGGACAGUCUACCUGGAGGGGAGCUGAUUUUGGGCGGCACCGACCCCAAAUACUACACUGGAGACUUCCAUUAUUUGAACGUCACCCGCAAAGCCUACUGGCAGGUGAAGAUGGACGAGGUGUCUAUUGGUGAGCAACUAACUCUGUGUAAAGGAGGAUGUGCAGCCAUUGUAGACACAGGGACCUCACUGAUCACUGGCCCGGCCCAGGAGAUCAAAGCCCUACAGAAAGCCAUUGGAGCUAUCCCUCUGAUUCAGGGAGAGUACUUGAUCGACUGCAAAAAAGUGGCCUCGCUCCCUGCCAUCAACUUCAAGUUAGGUGGCCAGGUCUACACACUCACUGCAGAACAGUACGUCCUUAAUGAAACCCAAGCUGGCCAUUCCAUCUGUCUGAGUGGCUUCAUGGGCCUCGACAUUCCACCUCCCGGUGGCCCCUUGUGGAUUCUAGGAGAUGUCUUCAUCGGCCAGUACUACACCAUGUUUGACCGGGAGAAGGACCGCGUUGGAUUUGCGAAGUCCGUGUAGCCAGGGCACCGACACGCCGCAGUCUGGAGAUCAAAGUUGCACUAAUUGUCCCACUAAAAACAAUCUGUAUCAAUAAACCCUCCUGUAGGCUAGUUAUGAUCACAAGGUGAUAUUCCCGUGAUUACCUGGGCGACAGGCAUUGUCUGUAAACUUCCCAGUUUGGAAAGAGCGAGACAUGCUGCAGUAAUGUAAUCAUUCAGGGUGUUGGUUAGCCCACGUUUUUUAUUUUUAGAAUUUCUGAAAAGUUCCUGGCCCAAAAGCGAUUUUUUUAUGUUUCUUUCUGUUCAUCAUUGUAAAGCCUUGUUGGCUUUCCACAGUUGUAAGAUUUGAGUAAACAAUAAGGUUACAGUAAGGAAUUUUACAGUGAAAUUGAGGUGGGGGAUUAUUUUAGAGUGGGAUUUGGCGGGGGAUUCCUUUAUGAUACGGUUACGGUGAGAUUAUGGUGGGAAUUAGUUGAGUGUUUAUAUUUCAAGAAUCAAAAUUCCUACCAGAAUAUUUUCAGGUGUUGGCCUGUGGGAAAGUGUUGACGGGGAAAGAAAAAUGCAAAUUCAGGAUUUUACUGAUCUUUAAUUUCUUGGGAAAAGAGGAAGAAAUGGAAGGGGGGAAAGUUGUGCGAUCAAAGGAAACUGAGGGUUUCAUUGACUUGGUUUUUUUUUCCAACUUCCCUGAGGUGACAACACUGGGGAAUUGUCCAAAUGCUUUUUGUUAAUGGCUUUAGCUUAUUUUAUUUUUUGUGUGUUUUCAAGAGUUUCCUUAAUCUGUAACAGUAUGUUUUUGUUUGGAGGUGGAUGUGAUCAAAUGGAAUAAAGUGUCGCUGUAACUGG